AUGCUCAAACAUCAGAAAAUAACCGAAUGGGCGGACUCGCUACCCGCCGCAAAUAACCUAUCCGUCGACUCUCCAGGAGAGAGCUAUUUAGCCAUUUGCAAACGAGCAGAACAUAAUAGAAUACUUAACAACUUUGCCGCGGCUCUGAAAGACUUGGACGUGGCCAUUGCCCUAAAACCUCGAAAGCCACAGGCAUGGUCGUUACGUGGAGCAGUCUAUCGAAUGAUGGAUCAAUACGAAGAUGCGCUGUACAACUUGACGAUGGCUCUGAGCAUUGAUCCAAAGAACGACUUUGCGCUUCGUAAUCGAGGAGACGUGUAUCGACGUAUGAAUCAGUGCGAACUGGCAAUAGCAGAUUUAAAUGAAUCGCUCAAAUUACGCUCUGAUAAUACAUUCGCACUGCGUGUGCGAGGAACAGCUUUAUGUAUACUUAACCGGCAUUCGGAAGCUCUCAAAGACCUCGACCGGGCAAUAGAGCUCAAUCCCUCUGACGCUGCCGCGUUGGCCGUACGUGGAGAAGUAUACAUGUACAUGAACAAAUUCGUGGAAGCGUUAGUCGAUCUCGACAAGACUCUUGAUCUAUGUCCGAACGAUGCCGCUACUUACAGAGCUCGUGGAAGAUUGUAUAGAAUACUCAAUCAUCAUCAAGAAGCAGUAAGUGAUUUUAAUAUAUCGCUGCAGUUGGACCCAGACAACGCCUCGGCGUUGCGGAACCGAGGAGAAGUGUACAGAUUACUAGAGCUCUACGACUCUGCAUUAGAAGACCUCAAUAAAUCGCUCGACAUCGAACCUAACAAUCCAGUAGCCCUAGCGAACCGAGGCGAAGUUUACCGCAUGCUGCAUCAAUUCACAGAGUCGCUUCUCGAUCUCAACACUUCCCUGAGUAUCAAACCCGACAAUCCGUUUGCAUUGAGAAGUCGUGGUGCUUUGCUUCGUAUGAUUGGAGAAUACGCUCAGGCGCUUUCGGAUCUCGAUGCCGCUCUGGAAAUAAGACCUGACGAUGCCUUUGCUUUGAGAAAUCGGGGAUCCGUGUUGAGGAAAUUAAGGCGGUACAAGGAUGCGCAAUGUGAUUUGAAGAGGUCCUUGCAGAUCGAGCCAAAUAACGUGUUUGCUCUAAGAGAAAAGCGAAAAAGUCUUCGUCAGUCUACCUUAAGCUCCACUGCAUCUUCAAGAGCUAUGACUGAUACCGCACAGGAUUAG